AUGAACCCAACCGCGGGUCGCGACUGCGCGCAGGAGAGUACUGCAGAGAGCGCACGGCUCGAUCCGCCCCGUGCGCAGGGGCCUGCUGCUCCUCGUCCUCUUGCUGCAGCGCGCCCCUCCGCGUCUGAGCCUGUCCCCUGCCUGGAGCGCGGGCUGUCUCUUCCUCUGCGACAUGUUCGGCAGCCUCAUACGCCGGAGUACUCGUGGGUCCCCGCUCAGAUUGCCUCAAACCGGUCUGCUGCUCAGCCGCGUCAGGAGCGCGGGCGUUCGCCGCCCCGGCAGCAGCCGCGGCAGCAAUCUCCUCGCCGCCGGUCCCCAGAGCGUUGCGAAGAUCAGCGGGACGGCGUUGACGAUCAGCUGUCCCCUGCCGGCCAUCGCUCUCCUCGCCGCCCAUCUCCUCGUGGUCGGGCAGGCCAGCGCUCACCCCGAGCGCGAUCCCCCGAGCCACGUUCUCCGCGGGGACCUCCGGCGACGCGGGGGAGGGGGUCGCCUGGGCGUCGCUGGGAAUCGGGUCGCCGCGAGCAGACCCCCCCGCGUCCGCGCUCGGCAGGUUCCGCGGGCCGGCGGGGCCGGCGCAAUGGCGGAGGGCGUGGCGGUAGUGGUCGCCAGCAGGAUCCUGCCCUCGAUCGCGCCGCGAACACGUUUGUGGAGGUGGUGCGGCAGGCCCAGGCAAGCGGGGGGCCGACUCACGUCCACAUUGAGGUGACCAACGGUCCCCCCAUCGCAGCGGACCCUGGCCAGGUUGCUCCCCUGCGUGCGCCGACCCUGCGUGAUUAUCUGCCAGCGCGUGAGCAGAGGGCUCAGUUCCGCACCCCUCGUCAGCCCCCUGGCUUCUCCGCGCCGCGAUUAUCCGUUGGCCGGACUCCUGGCUGGCCGACGGUGUUUCCGCGCGAAGCACAGACUGCACUUCCCCCCAUUCGCGCGGGCACAGAUCCCAUGCUGACCCCGUGCCGGAUUCUGAAUCUGGCGGAGGCGUGUGAGGUGUUGGCGAACUUGCAGCUGGCGGUGUGUGCGGCCACGCGGAAUUUUCCGAGCAGUUUCGGUCCAGGAACCCGAGGAUCCUGCGUGACUUUGGCAGAAUCGCUCGAGUCGCCGUUGGCACCCGUGUCGGAUGUGCCCGCCGGGGUAGCUCCCUUAGCCCGUACUUUCCCCCGCCACGUGGGGGAUCUUGUGGGGGCUGCUCAAGGCGGGACUCCCUUGGACACGCUCCAGUCAACGGCGCAUCUCCUUCUUGCGGUAUCGGCGUGCAUGCGCUCGAUGCUUGAAGUGGCGGGGGCCGAGCCGUACACGAUGUAG